CUCUUUAUUAUAAAAUAUAAAGAGUUUUAGCAAACAAAAUGCAAAAUGUUUUGUUUUUAUUUCACUUGUUGAUUGUCUUUUUAAGUGAACAUUAGCAGAUACAAUAUAUUCAGCGGUGUUUUUAGUAUCUAUAAUACAACUGCAUUGAUAAAAAUUGUAAAUAAACAUAUUCGACUGUGUAUUUAUAUAAUAAAAGCCAAAACAAUUAAAAAUAAUUAAAAAAGAAUAAUGGUUACAAAACUACGGAAGCAGUAAAUAUCUUAUAUGUUUGAAAAUACAAAUUUACUUUUGUCGAUAUUUAGAGCUGUGAAUAGUUAAAAAUGCGUAGUAAAAUUAAUUAAAAAGAUCAUAUUAAGAAGUAAUUAUUUUGUACAAAUCAUUAAAUGAAUGGUAAAAUAAAGUGUUUUAAAGAAAAUAUAUGCCAAUUAUAAAUAAAUUAACAAUUCUGCUUUUUAAUGUUCGUGCAUACAAAACUGUGUAUAGAAAUGUGUAUAGAGUAGAAACAAAUGGGUUUCUGGUCUUUAUUUUUCGGCAAUGAAAUGGUAUAAAUGUUUUAAUACUUAAACAUAGCUAUGUGAUUCAAGUUUAUAAGCAUUCAAAUAAUUUGGAUAUAAUGAUCAAUUGCGUGCAUUUUUAUUUAAGAAUAAUUUAUCUUUGCUUUAUAAAUAAACAUAAUCGGAUUAUUUUCAUCGCUAUGUUUUAAAACAAAAGCUUGUUGUGGCCGUUGAAUAUCUUUAUGGAAUGCCAAGUAUUUUUAUUUACUUAUGGAUCGACGUGUUUCAGUACACACAUUUGCCUAUGUUUAUUGAAAAUGCAAAAAUGUUGGCCAUAGUAUGCAAGACAUUUCACGUGACGAUUUCUCUAUAUUAAAUGAUGGUGAUGCUGCAGCCCAUCCUACCGACAAGGACAUGUGUCCAACACUAAUUUACAGAAUUCAAAAUACAUCACCAUUAAAUUCUCCUGCCACAAACUUGCCAAAACAGUUAAAUAAUGAUGAUAAUGCAGCACAAUCAUUUGCUGCUGUCAAAUUGGAAGAUAUCAAUACAAUUGAUUUAUUUCCAUCACAUUCAUCAACUUGGCAGCAACAUCCCAUUAAUGCAAGUCAUGACAUAGGACACCAUCGAAUGUUUACAAAUCACAAUCGAUUUGACCACAAUAAUACAAAGUUGUUACUGCAGGGAUCCGAUGAUCCAUUAAUUAGUCAUGGAGCCAAUAAUGUGUUAUCGCAUGAUGAUGAUCAUCCAGCCGAUUUUGCAAAAAGUUUUAAUACCCAAACUAAUAGCCAUAUUCAACAUUCUUUAAGCAAGCAAAGCAACCAAGACACAUUACCUAAAUUGUCCAAUUUACAAACUGUCCCACAACGCCCUGUUAAAAGUGGAUGCAGUAAUUUAACAAAACAACAGCUUAAAGUAAAAGCGAAUCUUAUGAGUGCUCGAAAUCAACAGCAGCAACAAAGUCAAAGUAAUACAACAUCACAAAAUAUACCCACAACCCCUCCUACAGUCUGUCAAAAGCAGCAACGUUCUCAAAAAACCAAAAAUAAGAAGGGCGCCACGGUUAAAUUAAGAUUUCAUCAUCAGGCAUUGCCUCCAGAAUAUCUAAGUCAUUACGAGGCAACUCAGGGCCAACAACGAAUAUGUAAAAAUCAAACGAAACUCAAUACAACUAAUCAACGUGGUUCAUCAAAGUCAACAAAUAACCUUCAUAAACAAUCUCAACCGAGAAAUUCUCAUGAAAAUGUGCGUAGUUGGCUUCAAAAGAUUGCCGAAAUUCAAAGGACCGCUAAUGCAUCAAAAGAGACACAAAAAACGGCACAAAAACUUCAAUAUCAAUCUAACAAAGACAAAGCAUAUGAAUCCGAGAGAACUACAUCGAUCGCCCCAAUAGACACUAACAAUAAUCUCCAAACGCAAAGCGGCAAUGAAAAGCAAAAUAUAUGCAGAUUAAAACAGAUUGACGCACGUAACGACCAUUUGAUGGCGGAAGUCAGUAACAUUUCUAAUGCUAAACGUCCACAUUAUUCCGAUCUUCCUUAUAUGGGAGAAAUAACACUCGAUAAUUGCAAACCACGAAGAGGUCGCAAGCCAAAAAAGGCUGAUAUUUGUCAUUUAAUAUAUAAGAAUUACGGAACUAUAUUGUCGAAAAAAACCAAGCCCGAUAAUGGUUGUAAUUAUUCACCUACUAUUUUUAAUACGGACAAUCAUGCUAAUAAAAAUGAAGAAUAUGAACAACCAUUAAAUUUAUGCUUACGCGACCAAUUGAAUGAUUCCUAUUCAAUUUCAAGUGGAGAUGAAUUAUCAGAAACAAAUUCUAGCUGCCCUACACCUGUGAGCACCCCACUUGAUUAUGUUCGCGAUUCCAUUUUGGCUAAUAAUCUGAAGAACUCCUUAAGUAAUAUAAAUGAAGAAAAUACUCCUAAAACAUCGAACAAACCUUCCAAGUCAACCAGUGAAGAAAAAUUAAUACAUCCUAUUACUGCUUACUACCAAAAACUGUUGGAGAGUGGGGUGCUUUUACACAACGCCAAUGGUCCUUUCAAGACUAUACAAAAAGACAAUCAACUAGCUUUAAAAAUUCCUAUACCAAGUGGUCUUUUUCUGCCACAAAAAAUAGAAAAAUCUACGAUUAGUCCUGUUACUCUAAACUUGGAAUAUCCGGAACAACUGUCAACGCCUUCUUCUUUCAAAUCGGAUACCUCUUUAGCAACUACUAUAAGUUCUGCAACAAAUCAACAGCAAAUAGCUCCUCAAAAACGUAAGCGCUCGGCAAUUUUUAUACCUCCUAUGAACGUCGAAAAUAAAACAAAUCCAGUCACUGAAGUUAGUAUAUGCAAAUUUAAAUUUACUGGAGGUUCUAAGCCUACAUUGCAAGAGAAAAAAAUGGUAUCUGUUGAUGCGGGUGGCAAUUAUCGCUACUUUAGUGGAACUGGCGAUAAAUCUAGUAGGGGGUAUGAAUACUUUCCAAGAGAAAGUCUUCAGCAUACUGCCGGUCUACUACCUGGAGUCAAUUGUACUGGACAAAAACUAUCGAUAGAUAUACCACCACCCUCAGCUGGUUUAAGUAAUGAACUAUUACAAAUUCCGGAGUCACCUACAUCAUCAGUGAUGCUUUCUGGCAGAUCUCUUAGUGGCAACACCAUGGCGGAUUCCAUUUCACCAAAAUCAACAUCUUUUGAAGUGAGUAAAAAUGAAGCAUGUUCAAAUUCUAUUAAGGAAUAUUCAUCCUAUUCAUCUUCUAGUCCAACAACGUUAUCAACAAGUCGCUGUGCGGAACAACGUAAAAAUAAUAUUCAACAGCAACAGUUUAGAAAAUCAAGCCAAAAGGAAAAACUGGAAAGGACAUUUAAAGAACAAGGAUUUCUUAUACAGACGCAACAAUUGGAAUCUGCAGAAGGUGCAACGUAUUGCAAAUUUAGGCAACUGAAAAAAUUCACACGUUAUUUAUUUCGUAAUUGGAAAGAUUAUUUGCCAGACAGAUUGCAAGAACAUACAAAUACUGAUGCAUUAAAAUCGGAUGAUAAGGAAUCACAAUAAACACGCACAAACUAUUUAGGGAAAUAUAGAUAAUUAAUAUAUUCUAGACAUUUUAUAAACUUACUUUUAAGAUCAUAAAGUUUUUCGACACCAUUUAUUUAAAUUAAGAUGAUGUAAAUAUGAAAACACGAUGCUGCCAAAGAUAAGAAUAAUUAAUUUAUAUUGAUAGGAAAAGGAUAUUUUAAUAUAUUGAAAAUGCAUACACGUCUAUGUAUUGCACGAUAAUAUGUUAACUGGUUAUAAUAAUUGUUACAAACUGAUUAAGAAAAUAAUAUUUAGUUUUUAUAAGUAUCAAAAUAAUUUUUACUGACGCUCGUUUUACUUAUUCAUACACUAGGUGUUUGUAUAUAAUGUGAAAAAAAAUAUUUAUUAAAUUUCUUUAAAUAUUUAUUCAUUAAAUAUGCAAAAUAAUAAGAAUAAGAAUAUUUGUAUUUAUUUUUUGUACUAAAUAAACAGUAAAAAACGACACUUGAAUUAUUGAAUAAAUUUUACUUUAAAAUUUUUGCGUUCUAAUUACAAAUAUGUUGCAUAAUUCUUCUACUAACAUCAGAAUGAAAAUAGACUGUAACUUUAAAAAAAUUAGGAGUAAAUCGCCACUUUUAUAAUUUUUAAUAAAUAACUGAAAUAGUUGUAAGUAUGUUUGAAAUGUGUUCUGUUAAUAAAAUAAAAAAUAACUUUUUUGUUUUACUCAAAUUUGUUUAAGAAGUUGUGGCAAUUAAAUAAAUUUUUAACAUAUUUUUAAAAUUGAUCCUAAAAUUGCUACUCAUGUUUCGCUUAUUCCGAGAGAUAUAAUAAGCAAAUGUUGAUAUAAAAUGUUAAACUCUAUACGGUUAAGUAGUUAAAACUGUAAAUAAAUAAAAAAUCAGUCGA